AUGUCUCGUUUCACUCAAGUUCUUUUCCUAGCAGCUGCGGCAACAUCCGCCGUGGCUCGCAGUCCAACACCUCGGUUCCCUUAUGACGACAACACGUCAUCUUACUGCACGUGGUGGUUGAACUACGAGGGUAACGAGAGUUGCGACGAUAUUCUGGACACCAACUGGAUCACCAUCGAGGAGUUUAGGCGAUGGAACCCAUCAGUAGGCGCAGCCUGCUCGGGCAUGGAGACGGAACGAUCAUACUGCGUCGAAGCCUUCGGUGAGCCUGAGCCGACGGCCGUUCCCACGCCCACGCCCACUAUCACUCCAACUCCAACCAUAACUCCCGGUAAUGGCAUCACCACUCCUCAGCCCACCCAGCCCGGCAUGGUUGACAACUGCAACCGGUUCUACUUCGUCGAGGCAGGCCAGAACUGUGCUGAUAUCGCGUCGGCACACGGCAUCUCUCUUACUCAGUUCACUACCUGGAACCCAAGCGUAGGAGGUACAACCUGUGGCGGCCUUUGGGCCAAUGUCAACGUCUGCGUCGGUAUACUUGGAGGCACUCAGACAAGCGUUCCUCCGGCUACGACAACCACUUCCGCCGGCAACGGCAUCUCGACGCCCCAACCCACCCAACCCGGAAUGGUCAACAACUGCGACCGGUUCUACUUCGUCCAGUCGGGAGACUCUUGUGUCCAGAUUGCCUCAAACCACGGUAUCUCAGUCACCCAGCUCGCAACAUGGAACAAUGUGGGUGGUGCCGCCUGCGGCGGGCUCUGGGCCAACGUCUACAUCUGUGUACGUGUUAUUGGGGCGACCCCAACCACCGCUGUUCCAGCUCCACCGACGACAACCGCCCCGGGUAACGGCGUUUCGACUCCUGUUCCUACACAACCUGGCAUGGUUGGGAACUGCGACCGCUUCUACUUCGUUGAGUCUGGUGACACGUGUGUUGCGAUUGUGUCGCGAUAUGGCAUCACGCUUGCGCAGUUUACCACUUGGAAUAACGUUGGUGGGUCUGGUUGCGGCGGCCUCUGGGCUAAUGUCUGGACCACCCACCGACACACCGCAAUCGCGCGAAGAACCCUCGGUGCCGAUUGUCACGGGUACCAAGCCUACUUAUGCCAGCGCUUGUCCGGUCCAACCGCCUACUGGUCCGCCUGCCAAUGCUUCACCGGGGUCAAGGCCACCACCAUCACUAUAGUAGCGGGAGCGGAAACAACGACCAGCAGCAUCCCAUCUUCACAGAUUAUCAGCACGCCUCUUGUCACGACGACCGCAACCCCCACGUCCGACUCUCCGUCUCCUUCGUGUACAAUCGGCGCAGAGUUCGCGCUCCAUAUCAUCGAAGAGGAGUCGGACCUGUGCCAGAAUAUGCUCCUAGACCCAUACUUCGGGCCUGAGAACUACGACAUUGAAGGUCUCCUCCAAGGCAGACAUCCUAUGGGUGUCGGCACCACGCGGUAUAUUGAAUUUGAACAGCAGGAUGACAGCUUGCCUAUCAACUAUGGCGGCGUCCAAGGUCCCCCUGGAUCCAGCCUGAAGUGCAACAUCCUUGUACACCGCGGUUAUAUUAAAGCCACUCUGCCCGGCGCUUACGAGUUUCUCAUUAGCGAACCCCCACGCGAGGAUGUUCUUUUUGUGUGGUUCGGCGACAAGGCCAAAUCUGGGGCAUUCAACGUCAGUAACGCCGAUAUCAUUGUACCAAACGAUAAUGGGUGGCCCUAUCGCUAUUUCGUUUAUUUCAAGGACGCCUCGGAGUACAUACCUUUCCGCAUGUUCUGGUCUCAUGGGAGGGGACGUAGUGAAUUCUUCGUGGGAAUCUUCCCAACGUAUCCUGUUGGCUUAGACGAGGACGUGGAGCCUGAGAAUCCAGUCUUCUACUCGAACUGUUCUGGUAGCAAGAGCCCUGCUCCGGCUUGGCCUUCCUGGGAAAGUGAGGACUACUCCGGAGGAAAUUGA